AUGUCUUCAACAAAUGCGGAUUCGCCAGUCCACGGAAACACUUCAGAUCAUGAUACAUCAUCAACUUUUGGUGUUGAAGCCGACGAGAAGGUUCAGUCAACACCGACACCUUUGAAAGUUGAAGAAGCAGCUUCUUCUGCUCCAUUGAAUGGCAACAGCGACCCGAAUAUCGUUGAUUUCGAUGGUCCAGAUGACCCGUACCGACCUCUCAAUUGGCCCAUGCGAAAGAAGCUCACCACAACUGCUCUAUAUAGCUUAACAACUAUGGGCUCUACCUGGGCAAGCACGAUAAAUGCCUUUGGUCCUCUCCUCUUCGCACCUGUUUCGGAAGCAUACGGCCGAAAGAUCUCUGUCUUGAUUCCAUUCUUCAUGUGCGCCAUCUUCUCCUUCGGCACCGCGACAGCAAAGGACACGCAAACGAUACUCAUUACAAGAUUCUUUGCUGGUAUUGGUGGAUCUGCUCCUCUCUGUAAUACUGGAGGUGUACUGGCGGAUAUAUGGCCACCGCAACACCGAGGGGCGGCGCUUCUCACUUAUGGAAUUGCAGUCGUUGCAGGCCCUCUUCUUGCGCCGAUUGUAGGUGGAGCUUUCGUGGUGAAUCUGGAGCAGGAUGGAUGGCGCUGGGGUGAAUAUCUCACCGGCAUUCUAUUACUCGUUAUCCUGGCAGCCGAUGUUUUUUAUGUUGAGGAGAGUUACCCUCCCGUUUUGUUGAGUCGAAAGGCCAACAAACUGCGCAAGUUGACUGGAAACUGGGCUCUACAUUCGAGUAACCAGGAAAAUGACCAGAGCUUCAAAUCUUGGGUGCGCACAUAUUUGCUCGUCCCAUUGGAGAUGCUGAUCGAUCCAAUCUGUUUCUUAAUCAACCUUUAUGCGUCAUUUGUCUAUGCGAUUAUCUACCUAACUAUUGCUGUUUUUCCGAUAGAAUUUGAAAAAGUACGAGGCUGGAAUAGCGUCGUCGGCUCUCUGCCCUUCCUAGGCAUAUUGAUUGGAGUAUUUUUCGGAGCCAUUGUCUUGAUCUGGAGCCAGACAUUCUACGUCAAACGCCUCAUCGCAAACAACAAUAAGCCUGUGCCUGAAGCCCGACUUGUCUCCAUGAUGAUCGGUUCAUUUUUCUUUGCUGGAGGUUUGUUCAUUAUUGGCUGGACCUCUGAUCCAUCAAUUCCUUGGAUAGCCUUCUGUAUUGGCGGCGCAUGCAUUGGUCUUGGAUUCUUCACCAUUUUCCAGAGCGCGAUUAGUUAUCUCGUGGACACGUAUCUCAUGCUAGCUGCUAGUGCUCUUGCUGCUAACAUGCUGAUGCGAAGCGUGCUCGCUGGAGCAUUCCCGCUAUUUGCUGAUGCCACCAACAUUCACUUCUAUGAUAUAUACCGUCAGACACCGAAAUAUAUUGGCAAUAACUGCGAAGACGAAAACCCUGGCUCACAAACCUCCAUUCCUCGGCCGUUGGCGAAGAACCGCCUCACUCUUCCCAGGGAGAUCGCCAAUCCCACGAGAGGCGGUCCCCUAUCUCGCAUUCUCCGAGCGUUAUCCUUUCCUCGCACCCGUGGUCGAAUACAGGCUAAUCUCUGGACCUUCCGGCACGAAACACUCGCGUAUUUCCGUCAUCGAGCGCAGACACGUCUCUACCGAGCUAUCGUCAAGAGGCAGGAGAGGCUGCGACGAAGGAGAAGUAGCAAGGCGCUUGGUGGACGUCGGGCAGGUGGUGGAAAUAUCUGGUCGCUUUUGCGAGCACUGAGUUGGAAAAGAAGGGCCGGUCGUCCUCUUCCUCCGCCAGGGCGCAGCUUGACGUCGCGCGCUGUGAGUCGGUCGCUCAAGAAUGUGGACAGAAGCAGUUCUAGGAGAAUAAUGUCACGAUUCGGUGGCUAUAGCUCGGAGGGAUGGAGUGGCGAUGAUUCGGGUCGCGAAAUUGGGUCUAGGAGACAGAAGAUGAUGGGCUAUUUGAAGGCUGCAAAUGAGAUCCGUCAGACAUAUCAGAGUCAGUUGUCUCAGAAAUGGCAGGAGUAUGAUCGAGGUGUGGACGCUCCUGGAGCAUUUCCGGAUUAUGAUAUUACCUCUUCUGGAAAGGAAGAAUUGCUGCUCUUUCCCAGCUAUGCGAGGAGACAUGUGAAGAAGAGUAAAUCGAACGGGAGACCUGCUCAAUCUCAACCUAUACCCGGCACGGAGGAUAGGAUUGGACAAACCAGUACAACUGGUGAUGAAGAUUAUUGGCGUGAAGAAUGGGAAAAGUAUGAAGAUAGCAAUGCGAUUGUAGACGUCGAUGUACGAGGCUGGAUUUACACCCCUCAACAUGGACCUAUGAAUCGUAAGCAACGGCUCAUGGUUGCGCUUGCAAGGAAGUUGAGUGAUUUUCCAGCACCAACCGUUCCUCCCAAUCAUCCUGUACAGCGGCAUGCUGCAAAACGCGAGGAAGAAGACGCCGACCGAGAGGCGCAGAAUCUCAUAGACAAGGGUGAGCAAGAUGCGGACGUGGUAUGGAGGACUAACCAUGCGGAGGCAGAAAGCGACUCUGAUUUGCCUAAACGUGUCACCCGUUCAGGGACUAAUACUUUAUCACCUGACUCGAGUGAUAUGACGGUACUGAAUACAAAUCUUAUGAACAGACUUAAGCCGUUCAUGCACAAUCCAUCUGCUGACACUCCGGUGACACUUUUCUUUUAUAAUGACCAGCAAAGCCAAUCGAGGACUACCAUAACUAAUGAAUCGGGGCAUUUCAACGUUCGAGCUGCUCUAGAGUUUGUACCAACACAUGUUCGAGUACUCGCUAAUGAGUCUCUGUCCGUUACGGAGGAGGUCAAAGUCAUUGAGCCAGCUGGUGUCAGCUUGAUUAGCGACAUUGAUGAUACAAUUAAACAUUCUGCUAUCGCCAGUGGCGCAAAAGAAGUGUUUUGGAAUACUUUUAUACGAGAUUUCAAUGAUCUCACCAUCCAGGGUGUGAGAGAGUGGUAUGGUAGGCUCUAUGACAUGGGGGUGGGAAUACACUAUGUGUCCAAUGCUCCGUGGCAACUUUAUCCGCAGUUGAAACUGUACUUUAAGAUGGCUGGAUUGCCGAAUGGCUCUUUUCACUUGAAGCAAUACAGCGGCAUGUUACAAGGAAUUUUCGAGCCUACUGCAGAGCGCAAAAGGAUGUCCUUGGAGAAAAUCAUGGGAGACUUCCCCGAACGCAAGUUCAUCCUCGUCGGUGAUAGUGGCGAAGCAGAUUUGGAAGUAUAUACGGAACUGGUUCAGCAGAACCCUGGAAAAAUUCUGGGCGUCUUCAUCCGCGAUGUUACGACGGCGGAAAAGAAAGAAUUCUUCGAUCACUCAUUCGCUGCUCAGAGACGCUCAGGUUAUUCCACCCCGUCGUCUGAACCUGUUGAGAAAAGGCCCCCAUUACCGCCAAGGAAACCAUCCUCUGCACACACCAUUAAUAAUGGCGAUUUGAUGACUUUUGAGGAUGAAUCUAGUGAUGAUGUGAUAGAGCCAGCAGACAAGCCUGCUGCAAAGGGACCCCCUGUUAAGCCUUCAAAACCGAUGGGUCUACGAACAGCGGUCACAAUGCCUAUACAAAAUACAGAGAAUCCAGCAGAAGUCAUACGACGCAAACCUGCGCCCCCUCUUCCGAACAAACCAUUGAACUUAUCGUCUACUUCAAGCGACUCGGAAAAGAAGGCACCUCCUUUACCACAACGCAAGCCGACAAAUGGCACGUAUACGGAGGCAGUGAAGAACAUCGCAAUGGAUGUAUAUAACAACCUACCAUCUACCAAGGGUACAUUAGAUUCAUUGAGCAACCUCUCGCUCAAACAAGACACCUCACCUACUCAGCCCGACACAUCGAAACCUGCUUCAAAACGUGGCGCACCACCACCCGUCCCUCCAGCGCGUCGAGGCGCAGCGGCAAGCAACACCUCAACCUCCGACGACCGAAAAUCCAUCAACAACACCCCUCCUCCCGCACCACCACGCCUCCCAUCCCGCCAAAACACGUUCUCAAGCAUAACAAGCACGGUCACCAACCGACCAACUACCGCAAGCACGAACAACACCAUGAACUCCUCGCCAUACUACGACUACCCCGAACCAUCAGUACCAGUGCUCAACAAGCGCGAAGAGUUGUGGAAACGGCGCUGGGAACGUGCGCAGCAGAUUUUGUCGGAUCAUGGUGUUUUGUUGGGCAGUUGGAGGGUUGGGAGUGAUGUGCAGGAUAUAACAGUAUGGCUUGUGGAAAAUGCUAUGAAGAAGCAGCAGGACAAAGAAAAUGGGGAUGAGAAGGAGAAGGGKAGGAAGUGGUGA